GUCCAAAAUCAGCUCAAAGCGGCCGACGAGGAUGACCUAUCAUGAGUCUGAGAGAGGAGCUAUUCUCUGAGUUUAAAUGGAUUGGAACAUGCCUUCGCGCAGUCUUGUGACGUAACCGGCCUUCAAAGGCACACUCCGAGAGUGCAGCCCGUGGGGGAAAAAAUAGAGUUUGCAGACCGGGCCGUAAACAUUGUUUUGUCAGGGCACUUGUUUGGAACUACUAGACGGCGACCCGGUCCCAGGUUGACACCGGAAACCAAUUGCCUUCUUCCGCCAGGGUUUGCUGCUGGGCCGCGGUGCACUCUGGGUCGUUGUUAGAGUGAAACCGAGCUAAAUAUGGCUGCUAACCUCAGGCAGCGGAAAGAAUAUUUAGAUGAAAGCUUAUAAAUUAAGUUUUUAAUUGUAAAUCUCUGUCGCCAGUCGCAUCGGUCGCGCCGACCCAUUCGUGGAUGACUACACGUUCAACCGCCGCAACCGAAUUACAAACAAGUAAGGUUCAAGUCUCGUAUGAAUUCCGACGAGAAGGAGGACUGUGAGUGUGCGCCACCACAGGCCGACAUUAGCCCAGAAGGAGGAGCUGACAGACAAUACGACGAGCCUGAAGUAGAAAACCCAGAAGCAAGCCGAAUGAAGCGAGCGGCUGCCAAGCAUCUAAUAGAGCGCUAUUACCACCAGUUAACAGAGGGUUGUGGGAAUGAAUCGUGCUCCAAUUCAUGGUGUGCCUCGUCUUUCGGCUUCCGCCGCAUGGACAACAAUGCGGCAGCUGUCAAAGCCCUCGAGCUCUACAAGGUCAAUGCAAAACUGUGCGACCCUCACCCCUCAAAGAAAGGUACAGCUUCAGUCUACCUGGAGAACACGCCGUGUAGCAAUACCAAGAUGAACCAUAAAGAUGUCCACUCUGUACGAGACAAUUUCAAAGAUGUGAGUUACCUGACAGAGGAGAAAGUGUAUGAGAUCUUGGAUAUCUGCGGUGAGAAAGAAGAUUACUCCCCUCUCAUCAGAGUAAUCGGCCGAGUGUUCUCCAGCGCUGAGGUCCUGGUCCAGAGCUUCAGAAGGUCUAAUCCGCACACCAAGGAGGAGCUCAAGUCCCUACAGGAAAAGGACGAGGACAAAGAUGAGGAUGAAAAGGAGUCUGCCGCCUGCUCGACCACAGCCAUGGAGGAGGAUUCUUCGACUUCUUCAUCGUCACGGCAUGGGGAAGGGUCAUCGGGAGAGAACGCUGGCCAAAAGCUGGCCCCUGACGAGGUGACGGUAGACAUUGAAGCGGUGCGCCGGGUGUACGAGCGCCUGCUGUCAAAUGAAAAGAUAGAAGCUGCUUUCUUGAACGCUCUGGUCUACCUCUCACCUAACGUAGAGUGUGACCUAACGUACCAUAAUGUUUAUUCCCGCGACCCAAAUUACCUUAACCUGUUUGUUAUUGUGAUGGAGAACAGCAAUCUCCACAGCCCAGAAUACUUAGAGAUUGCCCUCCCACUGUUCUGCAAGGCCAUGAGUAAACUCCCACUGGCCGCUCAGGCCAAACUUUCUCGACUGUGGGCGCACUACAGUACCGAGCACAUCCGACGCAUGGUGGAGACCUUCCAGCAACUCAUUACCUACAAGGUAAUCAGCAACGAGUUCAACAGCCGCAACUUGGUGAACGAUGACGACUCCGUGGUGGCGGCCACCAAGUGCUUGAAGAUCGUCUACUAUGCAAAUGUGCUCGGCGGAGACCUCGAUACGGAGCACAAUGAGGAUGAAGACGAAGAGCCCGUCCCUGAGUCUAGUGAGCUCACUCUACAGGAGCUGCUAGGCGAGGAGAGGCGGAACAAGAAGGGUCCUCGGGUGGACCCACUGGAGACAGAAAUGGGCAUCCGCACCAAUGACUGUCGGCGGCCACUCAUCCCCUUUGAGGAGUUUGUUAACGAGCCUCUGAACGAGGUGUUGGAGAUGGACAAGGACUACACUUUCUUUAAGGUUGAAACUGAAAACAAAUUCUCCUUCAUGACGUGUCCUUUCAUCCUUAAUGCUGUCACCAAGAAUCUAGGUCUGUACUACGACAACCGCAUUCGAAUGUACAGCGAGCGACGUAUUACGGUGCUAUACAGCUUAGUGCAGGGCCAGCAACUCAAUCCGUACCUGAGGCUAAAGGUCCGCCGUGACCACAUCAUUGAUGACGCUUUGGUCAGGCUGGAGAUGAUUGCAAUGGAGAAUCCUGCAGACUUGAAAAAGCAGCUGUACGUGGAGUUUGAAGGAGAACAAGGAGUUGAUGAAGGAGGUGUUUCCAAAGAGUUUUUUCAGCUUGUUGUUGAGGAGAUCUUCAACCCAGAUAUUGGCAUGUUCACAUAUGAUGAACUCACCAAACUCUUUUGGUUCAACCCUUCGUCGUUUGAAAAUGAGGGCCAGUACACACUGAUUGGAAUAGUUCUUGGCCUCGCCAUCUACAACAAUUGCAUCUUGGAUGUUCACUUUCCAAUGGUGGUCUACAGGAAGCUAAUGGGCAAGAAAGGAACCUUCAGGGACCUUGCCGAUGCCAACCCUAUUCUUUACCAGAGCCUGAAGGAGCUUUUAGAGUAUACGGGAAGCGUGGAGGAGGACAUGAUGAUCACGUUCCAGAUUUCUCAGACAGAUCUCUUCGGGAAUCCACUCAUGUAUGAUUUAAGGGAAAACGGUGAUAAAAUUCCAGUAACAAAUGAGAAUCGAAAGGAAUUUGUGGCUCAGUAUGCAGAAUACAUGUUGAACAAAAGUGUGGAGAAGCAGUUCAAAGCAUUUAGGAGAGGUUUUCACAUGGUCACCAAUGAGUCACCACUCAAGUACCUCUUCAGGCCUGAAGAAAUAGAGCUACUUAUAUGUGGGAGCAGGAACCUGGACUUCUUGGCACUGGAGGACACAACGGAAUACGAUGGAGGCUACAACAGAGAUUGCCGAAUCAUCAAGGAGUUCUGGGAGACAUUACACUCUUUUGGAGAGGAACAGAAGCGACUCUUCCUUCAAUUCACCACAGGCACUGACAGAGCACCCGUCGGGGGGCUAGGCAAACUGAAGAUGAUUAUUGCCAAGAAUGGGCCGGACACCGAUCGGCUGCCAACAUCUCACACUUGCUUUAAUGUGCUACUGCUGCCAGAGUACAGCAGCAAAGAGAAGCUGAGGGAGCGACUGCUGAAAGCCAUCACCUAUGCCAAAGGGUUUGGCAUGCUCUGAGCCCCCCCUUUACCACCACCCCCACCGGCACAAUACCACUCUUACCACCACCUGUUCCAAAUACUCUGCAAAUAGACUUUUCUCACCCCAUCUGGCUCUGCCCCCUCUUGUUUUUAAAAAUUUUUUUUUUUAAAGAAAUAUCCAACACAAUGUAAGUGGCUGCAGGAGGAAGUACGUCUUUUUACUGCGUGUGCCUGCAUUAUCAACCUGCAUAAUAUUUCAAUGUAAGCACAGAGGUUUUCUGAUCAAAGUACCCACACCCACUUGACAUCGGUGUGCUGCUGCCUCCCCGCUUACUUUUUUAUGUACAGAUAUGAUGAUUUUUCUAUUUAUUUUAGGUUUAAUUAGUUUUUUUCCCCCAGACAGCAGUGAAAGAAAGGUUAUUCCUCUCUGAAUAAAUGGGACAAUAAAUAACUAUAAUCCAGGGCUAUUGAACAAAAGGUGUCCAGUAGAACAUUGUAGGAGAAAGGUAAAAAUAAUAAAGGAAACAAAAUAGAGUAGCCUUUCCUGGAUUGUGAAUUUCCUCAAUGCGGGACUAAUAAAGGCUUAUCCCAUUCUUAUUCUUGCUCUUCUUAAAGAAAAAAAAAAAAACAAUAAAAAUAAAAUCAACAUUGCACACUCACAACCUUUUUAACCCCCUCUCUAAAACAUCAGUUUUUGGUGUGGUUUAUGUUUAUUUUUUUUGUGAUCAGACUGAGAUCACGACCAUGUCAGAGCUGUGUAAGUGCACUUAGACUUUUUUUCCACCCCAGAAUGUUUUUUUGUUUGUUUUGGGCCUACAGGUCACCACGAUUGUCUGAAGCAUUUUUUAGUUACCAUGUCUUCCUGUGUUGACAAUAAUAAUUAAAUAAAAAACAAAACAGUA